AAGUCUUGAAGCUAAUACGUAGCUACUCCUAGACUUUUAUUACACCUGUACCAUACCUAUUCAACCCAAACACAACUACGAUGGCAACAGGCUUUCAAACACAAGCACCCCAAUUCACGAAUGGCUUCGCCGGUGAACAGCCGCCAGCCAGGGAACGAACUUCGUCGCGAGACUACUCAAACACAGACGAAUGGGACGCAUCCAAGACACCUCCCUCACGCUUCCAGAAGCGCAAGGGCAGCAUCUACGCCACGCCCUCGUCCAGAGACGGCCACGUCGAACGCAACCGCGAUGCCGUCGAGGAAUUCCACAAGGCGCACUCGAAGCGUUGGUCCAUGUCGAGCGCCGGGUCUAGUCGCCGCGGCAGCGUCGGCAACGCCCUCAAAGACAACCACGGGAGUGCCAACGAGCAGCGCAAAGGCAGCCAAUAGGGACGGACCGUGUGGCUGCCGCUGAUGGAAUAGGGUCGGGGUCGCGAGGGUCAUAACCGACACCACCGCAGAGACAGAGACACCUCCCCCCACGAAUACACCUACGAAUUCGAACUCGUACACACGCACAUACGUAACCGUCGAGUCUACAACGAAGACGAAGACGAGGUCUCGCUGGGAAGGAAGA